AUGUCAAGUAAAGAAGCUGCUCGUGAGAGGUUUGUCAAUGUCUUUCAAGACAUUGUUGAAGAGUUGACCGAGAUUCUUAAAUCAUACAAAAUGCCACAAGAAGCCAUUGAUUGGUUUAACAAGAGUUUACAGUAUAACACACCGGGUGGGAAAUUGAACCGUGGAUUAUCUGUUGUUGAUACAUAUGCCAUUUUGAAUAAUACCUCGGCAGAUAAGUUGGACGAUGCACAAUAUAAAAAGGCUGCCAUCUUGGGGUGGGCAAUUGAAUUGUUGCAAGCGUAUUUUUUGGUUGCUGAUGACAUGAUGGACCAAUCGAAAACAAGAAGGGGUCAACCAUGUUGGUAUUUGGCUGAAGGUGUUGGCAAUAUUGCAAUCAAUGACUCGUUUAUGUUGGAAGGUGCAAUCUAUGAAAUUUUGAGAAAGCAUUUCCGUCAGGACUCGUACUAUGUUGAUUUGUUAGACUUGUUCCACGAAGUUACUUUCCAAACCGAAUUGGGUCAAUUAUUAGACUUGGUGACUGCUGACGAGGAACAUGUUGACUUGAGCAAGUUCUCGUUGGCGAAGCACUCCUUUAUCGUCAUUUUCAAGACAGCAUACUAUUCCUUCUAUUUACCUGUUGCCUUGGCAAUGUAUAUGAGCGGAAUCAGCGAUGCCAAAGAUUUGCAACAAGUCAAAGACAUUUUAAUUCCCCUUGGUGAAUACUUUCAAAUCCAAGAUGACUUUUUAGACUGCUUUGGUACCCCCGAGCAAAUUGGGAAAAUCGGUACUGAUAUUAAGGACAACAAAUGUUCAUGGGUUGUGAACCAAGCUUUAUUGAAUGCUUCACCAGAACAAAGGAAGGUUUUGGAUGAGAACUACGGAAGAAAAGAUGAUGAAAAGGAACAAGUAUGUAAACAAUUGUUUAAGGAUAUGGGAAUCGAGAAAAUAUAUGCUGAUUAUGAAGAAGAAGUGGUGAAGAAAUUGAGAACUCAAAUCGAUCAAAUUGAUGAGUCAAGAGGAUUGAAAAAGGAUGUUUUGACCUCAUUUUUGAACAAGGUUUACAAAAGAUCAAAGUAA